AUGGAGACCGCCAAGAACGCCGUUAACUACGUCUCUGAGUCCAUCCAGGGUGGUGGUGCCACUGCAUCCAAGGAGGCCAACAAGCACGUUGCAAAGGACUCUGAUGCCAGCCUCAGCAGCCGAGCUACUGCCGCAAAGGAUGCUGUUGUCGACAAGAAGGACGAGAAGUCCCAUGAUACCAAGGCUGAUGUCCACAAGGAGGCCGCUAAGCACUGA